AUGGCUGCCAUCAACGGCAAAGCAGUCGAUUGGAAACACACUGGCAUUGACAGUCCAAUGGUCAACUGGGUCAACGAGUAUCCUCACCAUGAUUUAUCUGCAAACUUCCCAAAAUUCAUGAUGCUCAGUCGUUCAUCGGAUCAGGAUCAGUACCGAGACAGUAUUGUGAAUGAUUGCGUCUACUAUCAGGACAAUGCCGACAAAGCAGAUGCCUGGCUAGAAUUCGUACUGGAGCAUGAUCCCGGCUACAACUAUGACAAGACCAGAACACCAAACGGCUUGAUUCAAUGCCCAACACCAGAUCAUCUCAAUGUUACUGGUGGACCUUGUUUCUACGGAGCAGACUACCAAGCUCAAAUACAAGCUUUACCCAUUAAGGGAGACAUUGAAUACGAACCUGACAUGAUAAAGAGAUCAUACAACGCAUUGCCAUCACCAGACAAUUCUACAAAACAGGCCUAUGUCAUCUUGGAUGGCUAUGUCCUUGAUGUCACUACCUACCUGACGGGAGCUACCAACAUCAUCCCACUCUCCUCCACACUGAGUUCUCGCUCAUUUGCCCUUGAUCGCAUGUUUCUACCAUUGGAUCUGACUCUGUUCCUGUACAUCAACCUUGGAAAAGAUAUUACAGACUACUUUAAUGGCAAUGUCACAGAGAACCCGGCCUUGUAUCGUACCUGCUUGAUUCACCUAUUUCAGAAGGGAGUGGUACCCUCUUACAUAUCAUCUGACUGUAGUCGCAUCAAUCCUGCACUGUGGGCGACCAUGGGCGUGGGGCUGCUCUACUUUCUUGUAAAAAUGAAUCUAGCGUAUCUGUCAAGAGUUUCGUUUAUACACAAAUUUUUGUUCUAUUCAGCACCUGAAUUCUCGUCUGCAUCCUUCUUUUACCAGCAUCGCUCUUCCUCGCAGCAGGUGCAAUGGCCUCACACGAUCCUCAUGGUGCCAUGCUUCUCGGAAUCAUCUGAAACACUCAAGCAAACAUUAGAUACACUAUCUCGGUCUUCGUAUGAUGACACUAAAAAGCUGUUGCUAUUUGUCUGUGAUGGUGUGAUCACAAGCGCGAAAGAGCAAAAAGAGACGCAUGCUCUGUUGCUCGAACAUCUUGGUUACAGCUGCACAGAAGAACCCUUACCUCAAGCCUACAACUCGCUGGGCCAGCAUGGGAAGCGCAUCAACUAUGCUCGUGUCUAUUCUGGUUACUAUGAAACAGGCCGUAACCGAGUACCCUACGUAGUCAUUGUUAAGAUUGGCCAGCCUCAAGAAGAGACGGACUAUUAUCAACAUCAUAUGCUGAUCGCCCCUCCUGGGAAUCGUGGCAAAAGAGACUCGCUAGUGCUGGUCUUUGGCUUUCUGGAGCGAUGCAUGAAUCUAGCCAACAACCGAAUUACACCACUCGACUUUGAAAUCUUCAAUCAAUGCUAUAGUGUGCUGGGCAUUGAUCCAAGAUGUUUCAAGUAUUUGAUGGUGACAGAUGCCGAUAUCCAGGUGCAGAGUGAUGUUGUACAGAAGCUGGUCUCUCGUCUAGAGCAAGAUCGCAAUAUGCUGGCAGUCAGUGGCCAUGUGCGACCAGCGAAUCCGGAAGACAACCUGACAACCAUGCUCCAGAUCUUUCCCGUCUACAUGACCUUUUUCUCAGGCUUGGCUUACGAGGCGUGUCUUCGCAGUGUCAUGACUAUCAAUGGCGGUCUCGUCAUGUACAAGAUUUGGACAGAAAACGUGCCUAUUUUGCAGCAACAGCAUGAGCAGCAGAACCAAAAUUUCAUCAAAAAAUGGAAACUGCUACAAAAGCACCAACAGCAGCACCAAAGCAACAACUCCUCGCAGCAGUCGCUUGGUAACCAUCAUCGCCAACAGCAACUAUACAACAAAUGGCCAAAGCUAAGCGACGAAAUUAUCGUUACAAACCCGUUCCAAGACCCACCUUCUCGUCGUAGCUCUAUUGCUACCAACGACAGUGUCACUACCAUCACGACUGCCACCACCACUGCCACAGCAAGCCAUCGAGAGGGAACCCACCACACACGGUCCAUCUCUGACAGUCGUCCCAACAGAAUCCCCACAGCAUUCAGGCCUGAAUCUCGGCUGUCCUUGUCGGCAAGAGUGGAUAUUCGACCCUGCUGUGUCCAUCCUACUGUGCUUCGAGGCAUUUCAACGCCUUGCGCAGAUACAAUGCAUAUGCAAAAUGUCCUGCUGUUAGGAGAGGAGAAGAUCAUGCCCAUUGUGCUGCUAAAAUCGCAUCCAAACCAUCGUUUAGGCUUUGAACCAGAAGCUGUGGGCUAUGCUACUUUACCAACCAACUUUUUCUCGCUGCAAGGUCUCCAGAUUCGCAACAUUCGCGCUACUUUUCAUACGCAACUCGAGAUGCAGCGUGUAUCGUGGCAGCUGGGCAUCACCUACUGGAUUCUAUCUACUACAGAGUUACUGGAUAUGAUCUUUUCCAUGCCCAUCAUUGUCUACCUGUACGGCAUCUUUAUCCGCUCCGUGCGUCAGUCGGGUAUGGCAUAUGUGAUCAUUGCCUGCUCGUUUACAGGGUUAGUUGCACUCCAUAUCCUGUUCUUUCUUCUGCGACGUCAGUUCAGGUACAUUCUAUGGUUUGUGUUGUACUGUUUGCUGUCGCUGCCCUUGUUUGCUAUCUGGUUCCCUGUAAUGGCUAUCUGGCAGAGCAAUUACGCAACUUACUGGUACGAUGUGUGGCCCACAACAGCACAUCGCGGUGCUCGUUUGCACGGCAUCAUUGACCACCAAAAGCAAACAAAAUUCCUGUACAGUCGCAACCGCCAAAGUGGACACUCUGAAAAAAGCAUCCAGCAGGACUACGAGGAUGAGGGCUUCUCUGUUCCCAGGUUGAGGUUGGCAGAACACGAAGUGACUGAAGCAACAAGACUGCACCAAGCUGCAGAGGCAGCAUUGGAUUCGAAUUUCAUUGGCUUCACGGGAUUCAAUAAUGACAAUCCAGAGAGAGGCGAUUCAUCUGAUAUGGAUACAAAGACUGCAGAUAUAUCAGCUCCUCCCAUGGCACAACUGAGAGAAGGCGUACAUUCCACUCGUAUCACGCAUCAGCAUGGCCCAAAGAUGUAUACGUCGACUUGGAGACACAGGUACCCCAACAGCAAGUAUGGCGAUAAUCCAGAGUCGCCUAUUCAGAAUCCAUUUGCAGACACAAACAACCCAUUCGAUGAUGAUCACGCAGUGUAUCCAAAUACCCAUAAAGGACACUCUGAUGAGGGAUCCACGACAAGGCACCAUCAGCAUCGCCCAAGCCAUUCUCAGUCGUCCUAUUUCACGUAUGCCAGUCAGUCCAAUGAUACAAGCCAAGGCAACAUGAGUUAUUCCACAAAGCUGGGCGUGCAGUAUGAUAUGGCAGAUGGAUCUACUUUGCCUAGCAGCCUCAACAGCAGUGGAUUUGCAAAGAUACCUGCCUAUCCAGACCACCCACAUCACUCGGAUGACAUUUUGAUGAACACUGUGCCUAUACUGAUUGACGAUGAUCAUGUUAUGCCUGCCAAAGACUAUCUGAACGAUGACAAUGAUGAACAACAAGACCGUGCGUCCACACUGUCCAUCUCAUCCAACACAUUCUCUAUAUACGCUCCGGAGAUAUCUUCGCAAGAUCCACAUGGCGCACCUGCCAGUCUGCCUCGUCACCGCAUAGCGCUAUACAACAGCGACAGUCAGAGCUCAGAGGACGAUCAACCCACACCCACAUUGCAUAAAGGACUAGAAGAAGGAAGAAGUCGAGCUGUACAUAAUUUCACAUUGCAACAAUCCCAACCACAAAAUGCAUCCCAUGUAAAUCUUCGCCAACAAUACGACAACCAUGCCACCUUACGAAAUACAACUAAUAUCACUCCUGUACUUUUUAAAACAAGACGACUCAAGAAAGUUGCUGCUGCUGCUGCUGCUGCUGCCAGUGGUAGUACCAUCUUACAUGUCCCUUCAUCCAGCUCCUUAUCACGCCAUUUCAGAAAUGUGAGUGACUCUUCCAAUCCAUCCUUCCUCAGAAACCAACCUUCCAAAUCAACACUGAAUACAACUGAGGCUGAUCUACCAGCAGCUAUUCAAGCAGAAAUCAAGCACUACCUGCAACGAAUGGAUCUGGAAUCCACGACACGAGUGCAAGUCAAAUCACAUCUCACUCAGCAUUUUGGCGCUCAUCUUCUUGAUGAAUCAGAUGAACAAUUGAUGAGUUUCAUUAACCAAUGCAUAGGCAAUGUUACUAGCGAUCUUCUAAGUUCUGAUAGUUCAAAAUAA